CAAUUUAGUAUCGACUCUCCUUAGGAAGAGAUUACACGGUCACUGAUAAAUUGUAUAGUAUUUCUUUUUAAUAAUAAAUUAAUUAUACGGCGUAAUAAUUAUUGUAAUAGUUAACUUUUUUUUUUAAUUUAUGUCAUAAUCUAAAUAUGUUGAUAUUCUUUAUCUAUGUAUACAAUGUAUUAUAACUAAUUUUUUUUUUUAAUUUAUAUACAUUUAGAUUACUAAAAUUAAAAUAGAAAUUGUUCAAUGAAAAUGUAUUAGAUCUAGGUUUUUUUUUUUUUACUUUUUUUAUGUACAUAAAAAAAUGUGGAAAGAAACUUUAAUUUGUAUGUCUUGCAUGUUGUUGUAUGUUUUCGCAAAUGGUAACUCAACGGAAUUGAAUGAAGGGGACCCCUGCAAAGCAGACGAUGAUAGUUCGGCAUUCUACGUUCACAUAUCAGUAGGCAUCGGAGCUGCAGAAGACGCUGACGACGAUGACGACGAUGACGACGAUGACGAUGAUGACGACGGAAAAGCAUUAAAUGUAUGUAAAGAACGUGAUGAUAAUUCCAUGGUAUGUUGUUCCAAAUCGAAGAUUGAAUCCCUCCAAGAUGAUAGCAAGCAGAGAACUAGUUAUCCAUUUAAAUAUGGCUGCAUCAUGUCUACCAACCGCACUGGCUCUCUUUUAGGACAGAAGGCGUUAGACAAGUGUUCCGCAUAUCAGCAAGAGAUAUGUCCAUGUCAGUUAAUACGAGAAACGAGAAGCAUUAACGUGUCUAAAAUAACUGUUAUCGCCAAUGGUGAAGACGCACAGCCUGAGGAAUUUAGAAACAUGGCUCUACUUGGCUACGGUGACAAUAUCACGACAGCGCAGUGGUCGUGUGGUGGCAGCGUGAUCAGCGAGCGAUACAUCCUCACCGCCGGACACUGCAUCAGCGGGAGGGAGAUCGGCAAUGUGACAUAUAUUGGUCUCGGUAUACUGUCCCGCUCGGAACUCAAAGAUCCAGACCUAGUAUACAGAGUGAAGAGGAUCAUACCGCACCCCGAAUACAAGCCGCCCAGCAAGUACCACGACAUUGCGUUGUUGGAGACGGAACGCGAUAUUGUCUUCUCGGAUGCAAUCCAACCAGCGUGUUUGGAUGUGGAUAGCGUUGAACAGGAUGACCAUGAAGCGACGGCCACCGGCUGGGGUACUCUGGGGUACGAAUCUGAAACUGCUGAAAUUCUUCAAAAGACGAACCUGUUCCAGUUCUCCAAGGAGGAGUGCUCCUCCAAAUACAAACCCUACCGUCUACUGAAGCGCGGCAUCGACCACAGCACGCAGAUAUGUUAUGGACACCGGGAGAGACCCACCGACACUUGCCCGGGCGACAGCGGCGGGCCCCUGCUGAUCAGCAACAAGUUCCUCUGUCUCCACUCCAUCAUCGGAGUGACCUCGUUCGGCUCCGCGUGUGGUCAGACGGGCACACCCGGGGUCUACACCAAGCUAGUUCCAUACUUGCCCUGGAUAGAGAGCGUCGUGUGGCCUUCACUGAAAUAAAUGUUCUGGUAUAAUUUUA